GGGGGGGGGGGAUACUGUGGAUGGAUUGAUAUGGUAGGGCGGUAAGACAGUUAUACGCGGCUACUCAAUCUCUACAACUCCAUACCUACCUAUAUAAUCUUGUUUGAUAUUGUGACACUUGGGCAGCUUUGACGCUGGGUUUGACUGAGAUAACUACUAAGUGCUGGCUGCCUCGAAAAGCGUUUGAUGUGUCGCUUGGUGCAUACAUUCAUACAUUCCUGGCACAUGCCGAGCCGACAGCCUAGCAACGCUCACCGUUGCUUUCUUCUCCUCACCAUACCCAAAUACCCAAAUACUCUCCCCAACGACAACAAAUCGAAGCAGGUCACACACCUGAAAUAUUCAUCCUAGAACGUCUACUUGAUCAGUCCGCUAGGCCGAAUCUUCACCACAUGGCGGCCAUUAUUCCUAAAACAGACGAUGGCUCCAACGGGGAUGGGAUUCUCAGCGAGAAUCCGACGACCGGACGGCGUCUUCCUCAGUGUCUAGACCGCCCGCUCGAUUGUUUCCUGUGCCCGGCGUCUGAUCUGACUCCUCGUCAGGCGUCCAACAUCUGCAAGACUCUCCUCAUCAGAAUCACUAUCCAGGUUUCUCCCACUAUUGCCGUUCAGAGCUUUCUCGUGAUGGUCUUGAUCGUUCCUGUCCUCCUCGACAAGCUUUCUACGCUCCUUCUUGAGUCGCCUGGUCUUGCGCGUAUCAUUUCUGUUCGUCUUCUUGUCGGUCUCUGCGUCCAUGGCGUGGCAAUGCCUCUUGAGGGGCCUACUCCUGAGCACUCGUCCGUGAAUAGGGGUGUCAACAGCCGCAUCAUUCUUCUGCCCGACAACUGCUCCAUUCGCCUUCCCACGAGCACUGCGGGAUCCCGAGGCUUUGCGGAUGAGCCGGAUUGGGCGGUCUUGUACAGGAGACGUAGGCGUAACCGGAGGCGUAGGCGAAACCAACGGUGCCUCAAAGUCAGCUAGAAAAUUCAGUCAGUAAUGAGACUGCGAGCGGGUUGGCCGUUUUGCAGUUGGGUCUCUAGCUUGGGGUUCUGUGGAGAUGGGCGCUGAGUUCGACUGAGACGCUUUGGGAUUGU